CCUACCGUUGCUAGUGGCAACACAAGCACCAGACGACGCUAGCGGGGGAAAUUUACCGUUAACUCUCAGUGCUUUUCACUCAUUUGAUUUUAGUCAAGAAAAUAAUAUGACUGUCAUCUCUAUUUUAUGUUCUUUUACAUCUAAAUAACCGUCACUGAGUGAAAAUGCCACCCAAGGCAGCUAAAAAGGGCUCAGCCAAAAAGUCCAACACAGCUGGAGCCGCGGUUUCCAACAAGAAUUGGGAGACUGGUCUCACCAAGGCACAGUUUGAAGAGGACUCCUGGCAAGCCUGUGUGUGUUUGGUGGCUGGAAGGAGUCCAGAAGACGAGGAGCUGAUCCGGGCUCUGGCCCUGGCAGUACAGCAGCCACAACGCAAACUUUUCACCGCGGUGACCUGGGACAGCACCCUGACUAAGAUCCAUGAACUGGGGAAUCCUAAAGCUAAAAAACCUGACAAUGUCCCUGUGUACUAUGAGGUUACAGAGCCUGCUAAGGUGCUGCUGGAUGCAGGAGAGGAGAUUCCCUGUGAUCUGAUGGCCAAAAUAGUGAAGUUCCAGCUGCUACAGAUUAAAGACAGUGACCAGCAGAGGAGAGAAGCAGAGCAAGCUGAGGAGAGAAAUGCAAAGGCCCCUCCUGUCUCUGCCAGCAAGGACAAAGGAGGUGCCAAGGGCUCUGACAAAAAGGCAAAGAAUCCUCCUUCACCUGUGGGACCUCCCAAGAAGACUAAACUCAAACGCAGGGAUGAUGUUGAGCCGCCAAAGUUCAUAGAUGAUGAGCCAGAUGAUGGUCCUCUACACUACAUCCUGUUGCUGGGCUUCUACCAGCCCCGCCUGAUCGGGGCACUUGAUGCCUUGGGUGUCCAUGUGUCCAAUGUCAUUGAGUUGAGUUCAGAGUACUCACAAACAUCUGAGGGGCAGCAGGAACAACAAACCUGUGAGGGCAACGAGAACAGUCAGCGAGCCUCUUCAGAUUUGGAUACAGAGGUUCAGGGUAGUGGAGAGCUGCCUGCACAGACCAGGAAGCUGGAUCUGUUCUGGUCAGGUCUGAGACCAGUUUUGGACAGCGGACCACCGGACUCUAAGCUCCACGAUGUGGCUCAGCUCAGCUACACUGUCCCAGAUCUCAUACCUCCCUUCCACACACAGGAUCCCGAGGCUGUGCUUGAGUUGGGAAGCAGAAUCUUCGAGGGUGUGGCCAAUCUUAUCUAUGACUGUCUGGACUGGCGCAGGCAGCAUCAGCAUUACCAAAACAGCAUCAGACUCAUCACUGUACCCGCUGUUGUCGAGUUUGAUCCACAGCCUGCAGAGGUUGUACCAACCCCUCCCCCCAUGACUCCACGCUCCAAAAAGAAGUCGAUGCGGGAGGAGAGCCCACCAGACCAAGAGACGGCGCAGCCUCCCCUCUCUACAGAUGUGGACAUGCGUUACUAUAGCAACCUUCUGGACCUGGUUCCACCUGAAGCCUGUUCGGUGCCCCUUAUCUUGCACUGUAUGCUGGAGCAGGUGGUGGUUUCCGCUGAGCAAUCUAUCUCUGUUCCGUCCCAUGUGGCUGAUGAGUCAGAGCCUCAUAAUGGUCCCUGGUUAGACCAUCAGCUGGUCAGCUACAUGCUCCAAAGCUUCCUGCCUCUGGUGCACACAGAAGAGGAGAGGAGCCGCAUGUUACACAGCUUGUUGACUACAGUACAGAAUGAAGGAGACAAGGAGAGGCUUGUUGAGAAGUUUGGAGCAGAGGAGACUCAGAAGAGGCCUGAGCACCCUCUGGUUAUCAGACAUCAUGAUGAAAGGGCUCUGCGUUUAAGGGACAUAAGGGCGGUCCAGGGAUUUGAUCCAGCAGAAGUGGAGACAUCCAUGAUGAAGCUGUCUCCAGUGUGGGAGCUGGUCCACUCUGCAGCUCAGCAGAGAAACAGCAACUCCUGCUGGAUGGCAAUCAAACAGCAGCUACAACACUACUGCACAGAUGAUGUUGUGUCAUGGCCGGAGGUGGAGCGUUUGUUUCAUCAGAGCGUGUUUGAGAGUAUGCCACUGACCAGACUGGAUCAGCAUGGUAUACUACUGAAUGCUACUAGACCACUGGGAGCACUGGAACCAGCACAACAACAGGCACCUACAACAAACCCCUGGGACAACCCGCUGUCCUACGCUAAACAGCAGCUUUAUAACCUAAAGACAAAAGGUCCCACAUUUCUCACUGAAGACCCUGGUAACACACAGCAGAUCAGUGGGAGAGUGUUUGUCCAGCUGGACUUAUCUGACAUUCAGAGUUGUAGGCUGAGAUCUCUGUUCGACUGGCACUAUGCUGAACACCACGAUGCUACCAUCUUCCCACAGGUACUCCAGUUAGCCUCAGAAGAAUAUCGCUGCCUGGACACCUUCAGAGGAAGCCAUAACAACACCCUGUACAUCUUUUGUCACAAUCCAAUGGGUCCUCAUCGCCAGUGCAAAGAGUUCUGGGAGGUAGCCCUUCACACCGAUGUCAAGUUCAGGAAGUACUUGGAGCAUGUGGCAGACACCAUUUCAGAUUGGACAAGAGAAGAAGAGACAAAGAGAGAAGCAGUGCAACUCAAAAGUCUGAGCCCUCCAGAGUCUCCAAAAGAUGAAGAGGCUACAGAUUCUGCAAAGGAGGAGGACACUCUGGAGCCCGUCAUCAGAAAAGACUCCCUUAAAGCCUGGAAGCUGGAGCAGGAGCAGCUAAAGGAGGAAGAGACGGUCAAGAAAUCUAAGAAAGAGAAUACACCGAAAGGCAAGCAGCAGAAGGAGGAGGCUAAGUCCACUGAUACCAAGAAAAGUCAAAAGACUGUUUCAAGUGGCAAGAAGAGCAGGGCAGAGACAGCAGGCAGCUCAGCCAAGACUCCUACAGAGUCCAUUACUACUGCAGCUGUGGAGGAAAACAGAGAGGAACCCUUCAAUGGUUUCACAGGCUACAGUAUGGAUGGAAGGUUGAUCCACGUAUCAGGUCGUCUCCAGUAUCUUUUCCCCUCAGAUGGAGGACAGAUCACUGUGGAGAAUGUUAGCUAUGUUGAAGGUUCCAGCCUGAUGAAAGUGACUGUGAAGAAAGAUGGGCAUCAUUUCUACACACACAUCAACCAAGUUGUCGAUGCAGCAAGAACUCCCCUUCAGCCUCAAGACAUAAACAAUGACAAAAAAGAAGAUUUGAAAGUGGCAGAGCCUGUGGAGAUGAAAAGAGUGAAGCAGGGUUCCCUUUCUGCAGUGCUAGAUAACGGAAUCCACCUCUCAUACAGUUUUUACGGAUCCACAGGAGAAUGCAGAGGUGUCGCGCUCAGAACACCGAGUCCCCAGGAAAACGAAACAAGGGCUCAAGAGACCUCCACCCUUGUCCCCAUCCCCCUCUCCUCCUCCACCCAACGCUCCAAGGGAAGAGACCUGGAUUUAUCUCCCUCCAAGACACACACCCCAACCAGCCAGAUGAGACCUCCAGAGCUCCAGUCUAAGGUAUGCGAAGGUCAGCCAGAAUUGCCAUCAAGUCCAUUCAACAGUCUCAACCUGUCUGUCCCUAAUGGCCUACUGCUGCAAUUUCUGCGAGAGGAUACACAAGGAGUGUCUUCAGAGGAGCAGGGUAUGUUAGUGAGACAGAGCUUUCCUCUUCAUGGUCAGGGAGACGUGGGGCAACUUCAGGACCCCUCUCUCUCCAAAGAACUGUCCCGCACUGUCACCAGCCAGGGAGCUGUGAUCCGAUACAUGAGAGACGGCUCCACAGAGGUGCUAUUUGCUGACAGCUCAGUCAGUUUCAGCCAGGAUUCUGGUCCAGUGUGGGUGCCUGACUCCGAGGUUGAGGAAGAAAACGCCGCUGAAGAAACUGAGGACAACAAGAAAGAACAGAGCUCAGAGAAGGAGUCUGAUACUCAGAGAGGGUGUUGGUUAACAACGAUUCCCUCUGGGGCUCGCAUCUGCACUGUUGGGACCACACACAAACACUUACCAACCACCUCUCUUCUCGCCUUCAAGGCUACAGACCCCAUCACCCAUGAGGUGAUGCUGAGCCGGGAGGAUCUGGUGGUAUCGGUCCAGAACCCAGAUGGAUCUCUAAGUGUCGAACACGCAGACGGAACCAGGAUCACCAGGCUCUACCAAGACAGACCACCAAACACACCUCCACACAUACUGCUGCACACAGGGCAGCAGCCUGAGAGUGUGACCCUUAAAUCAACUUCUGAAUGUGCGUGUGGCUGCACAGAGUGUGUGUGCGUCACACGCUGUGCGGAGAGCAUUAAUGAGGACAUGCAUAUUCAGGAUACUUUUGCAAAUGGGGAAGAAAUUAGCAGGGACAGUGUAGGGAACAUAUGCGACAAGGAGGGUGCUGGACAUGUUUGUACUAAGCUGAGUGAGUGUGAGAAUAUGUGCAAUGAAAGGGAGAGUGCUGAAAGUAGUGUGUAUAAGAAUGGGGAGGAGAGUGUGUUUGCUGAAGAGACUGUGGCUGAGAAUGGUAAGAGUAGUGCAUGUGAGAGUGACAAGGGGAGUGUGUCAAGUAAAGAGCGGGUGAUUUUGGUGGAGAAGGAGGGCUACGCCACUGUGGUGAUGUAUCCAGAGCGACACACUGCUCACGUCUUCUUGGCAGAUGGAACUGUCAUCACUGGGAAUAACAAUGGAGCCUAUCAGGUAUUCCCAUCCAGUGUGGGGCUACUGCAGAUCCAAAGUGACGGGAAGUGCGUGUACUCGGCCGACCCCCUUGUAACCCCCAGCCCAAAGGGUGGCACCCACACUAACCAACCAGGAAGUUACACUAUGAGUCACACAGACAAGGUGGCCUGUGAUAUUACAGACUCCGAUGGGAACCACUUCCAGGUGUUGGAAGAUGGGCAGAUAUCAGUGCUGAACUUCAGCCCGGCUCCAAGCACACUGAAACAUGAUGCAGAGGAGCCAGCAGAGGAGGAGGAAGAAGACAGAGAAGUGGCCAGGCUUCAUGACAAACUCAGAGAACAUUGUCCCAGGCUGUUCCUGGUACAUGAAGAUGGCUCAGGCACAGAACUGCUGAGCUCUCAAACAGUAGAGGAUCUGCUCUACCAGGCAUACUCGGACCCCACUAUAGCACUGCUGAAGGAACCACUGCCAGACACACAAGAUGAGUUUGGCAUUACCAUCCUAAAGCCUAGCCAUCAGAGUGUGUGGUCUAGGUGGCUGCUAGGGAAACAGAACCCAGACAUCACUCCUCCCAACCUUAGAAACCGCAGCUGGCACGACUUCCCCAGAGUAGAGAAGAAGACUCCAGGUCCUCCGUUUGGUACUGAAAUGGGACGAGGUCUGAGUCUGAGAGAGAGGUCUGGUGCUUCUGCAGCACAACAUCAACCUGUCAGGAGCUGCCCUAAGGUCCUGGAGAUGAGGGAACUGUACCAGCACCGACCCUUUACCACACUGCUCAAACAUACUGUAGACACUCGGCUGAAGGAAUACAUUGAGAGUUUAAUGGAAAAGGAGCAGCGAUCAGAAGAGGUGAUGGUUAAAGACCCUCGCACUGAGGAGGAGAGCGUCCAUGCCAGUGAUCUGCUCAAUCUGGUCCUGUCUUUUGCAGAGGAGGAGGAUGAAGGUCACACUUUUGACAAGAGGACUUCAGUGGACAUAGCCAGUCUGUACAGCCAAGGAGUCGGAGCCCCAGCUGAGCAGUCAGACUUUUCAGAGGACACAGCUACAGCAGCUAGUGACAGUUUUGCUAAUAUAAAGGAGUCAAAAUGGACAGAAAGACUCACACAAUACAGACACGAGAUAUGUGAGGAGAAGGCUUGUAGAGUGGCCCUAAGGAAGAAGAUAGUUGUUCCUUAUUUCCACCCAGAAAAUAUUCCCUUAUACCAGAACCUGCUACAGCACCAAACACCAGACAUGAGGAGACUGUCCAUGCAUCUCCCUCCAAUCCCCAAGGCAGACAAUACUGAGACCUUCCCAAAAGAUGCCCCACAAGAGAACACCCCACGACCCUUGAACCCGACACCCUCUCGAUCAGCAAGUCAUGCAGGAAGAAGUGACAAGAUGCCUGAAAAGAGACCCACCAACCCCACGCCUCAGACUGCUGGUGAAAGCAGUCUGAGGGGCUCAUCUGGGCAAUGCAAGGCAGUCCGGCUAGAUGUGACUGGUAAGCCCAGGCGGACUAAAGUCAGGCUACCAUCCUCUAUCCUCAGUUCUAAACCCCGCAGCGUACCAAAUCAACAGUUCCUGUCAGUGGAAGAGCCAGUGAGGAGGAAGUGUCGAACAAUUUCUCUGACUGAUCCAAAUGUAAUAGUGAGGGGCUUCCAGCUCCUCCCGUCCAGUGUUGACUUUGGGACACUGCAGGAGGGCUCCUCCUCUGCCAUUACUGUGGUGAUGAAGAAUGUGGGAGUUGACACGUGCAGGUUCCAUGUGAAACAGCCCCCUCCUGCUACAGGCCUGCGGGUCAUCUACAUUCCUGGGCCUGUGGCGGCAGGUUUGCAGGUUGAACUGCAGGUUCAGCUGUUUGCUAUGUGUGCAGUCCAAGCAGGGGAGGUUGAGCCGAAGACGUAUAUCUCCCAGGAUAUUAUCAUCCACACGGAGACAGACAUCCUCUACCUGCCUGUUACUGCUACUGUCCUUCCUGGAAGGUUAUAUGACAUUUGGCUGAAGGACCCAAGCAGUGCCCACAAUAAGAAAAGCUCCAAGAUCCUCAAACUGUCUUCCAGCCUACCAGCCAGACAGGGAGUCAUAUACCGACGACCCAGUACCCUCCUGACUGAUCCUGCGGCAAACACAGGACACCCUAAUCGCACCACUAAUUUGUGAUGAUUACAUAUCACCAAUCCGUGAGUCAAGACUUCACAUCAUCCUCCUACCACAUGCCUCUUUUAUUCCACUAAAAUGAAAUAUUCUAAUGGAUUUUUAUAUUUUAUUCUGUUUCAAAUAAAAUCUUUAUUAAGCUGUUCUGUUAA